CAUUCGACGCGAACACCACUGAUAUGAUAGCUAACAAAAUUAAUUCGACAAGUUUACUCGCCAAAGUUGUCAGUGUUGAUUGGGGUCCAAGUUAGACUAGAAGAAGCUAUCAUCGAUGAAGUAGAUAGGGCCACUCAUAGUACUUUAAAGGAAAGAGAUAGCUGCCUGGAGUUUGUCGGCAUCCUCUCAGUCUCUUGCUCAGUCUCAUAGUGACUGAUAGACUAGUAGGCCUACUUUAAAGGAAAGAGAUCCCGGGGGUGAUGCUUAUGAAGCAGGGUGAGAAUGUGUGCAUUUCUCUGUACCAGAGGGAAUAUGGUGGAAGUAUCUCGCCUUAUCGGAGAAACUUAAAGAUUUUCAGAAAGUUAGUUUUGCAGAAAGAUGCUAAGUUCAAGAAAAUGUUUGAAAAGCACAGCGGUUAUCCUAUAACUUUUGAGAGAGAUCGCCUGUACUUGAACCAGCACCGGAUAUGUUAUGCCAUACACGGCCAUGGCGGCAUUCCUCAGAAAAUAUACGAGUUGCCAUCAUGUCCUGUUUCACAGAAGAUAGUGGAACCUUUAGUGAUGGACCAUGCAUAUCUAGAUGAGUUACCCCUGCUCCAUAAUGGAUACAAACCGUCCUUUCUCGCCCUGACUGCUCACAACUGGCUGAUGCGGUAUGAUUUGGACACCGGUGAGGAGCUGCAGAGAGUCUAUCUCUCAACCUUCUGUAAAUUUAGGCGGAUUCUUCCAGAAACUGAAUGUGAACGGUUCACCCUCAAGUCAGUUCACCAGAAAAACAGCAGGCUUGGUGCUUCAUCACUGAAUGUGCUGAUGACAAUAGCUCUGUUUACCAUCUUCCCACUCGAGUUCACUGGAAUGCUCGAGAUAGAGAAAAAGAUCUUUGGCAAAGAUAUAACCGACGUGAUGUUGUCUCACAGUCUUCUACUCAUCAUGCACCAGCGUGGGAAGAUAAGUAUUCACUCAUUGGAGGAGGUUCUAGCUAAUGGUAAACUCUACACCGCCAAACUUGGCCAGUUUAUCCCCGAUCAUGGCAUCGUUGGCUCGGCUGGAGUUGGUCUCCCAAUUAACAUAAAGUUAAAAGAAUGUCCGGCAGUGCUAUUUGAAGUGAAGUGUGCUGAUCAUAAUCUUCAAAUGGGUGGUAAUCCUUGGCACUACAUCAUAUCACCACAUGGCCAUAGUGGAGUGUUCAAGACAUAUGCUUUGAAAGAUGAUCAACUGGCAAAAAAUGGUGUUUUGGAGUCGAGUAUUUAUUCUGUUGAGGCUGAGCGUGCCAUAUUCCAUCCUGACGACUCUGGUAGGAUCCUACACAUAAUUGCUCACGAAAUAAAAAUCUACAGUAUCAAAGAAGAUGCUUUGGACGGAUUCUAUUCGAUUAAAAACUGUUUCUCUAUCUACGCCAGUGGUAGGGAUGCAUACACAGAUACUACCGCAGAGCCAGAGACCGUUACAACAUCGUCCGGACGCGUUGUCCGAAGGCAGAUUUAUCGUGCAGAUGAAGUGGAGUGUGAUUAUGAUCUUGUCGUUCUGUUCCAUUUCCAGAGCAUCCAAGGGAUUGACUAUGAAAAUGAGUUAGAUAUCCUUGCGGUGACAGCUGUCAAUCAACAUGGCGAUGCAUGCCAGGGCAUGGUGCGUUUCCACGACAACGCUAAUGGGGCGCUUCUCAAGGAAAUAGUCUUAGAUGAGCCGUGGAAUCAGUUUCACGAUCACGUGAUUGGUGUGGACAUGGACACAGUGGUGCACAUAGUCAAGGGCCCAAUGAAGAAGUUUAGCUGCUAUAUAUAUAAAUUGGACAGAUCUGGUGCUACGGAGAAGGUUGCUCCUCGGAAAAAGUCAAGGUCAAGGUCAAGUCGACCUGUUCCAAGAUCAGGGAGAUGACAGACGGUGUGCAAGAGACCUAUCAAAGUGAUCAUAUGCAGGCCGUCUGGUUGUGACUUUGUCCUCAAAAGACCAGAUUUGGGAUGAAUGGAAGUUAUAAUGGAACGCCAUGGUUACGUAUGAUUUGUAAUGU